AUGUUUGGUAAAAAUCUGAUUAGGACUAUAAAGAGAUGGAGCUCCCAAUCCUUCCGUCCUGGUGACUCUGUUAUCAUUCAACAGGUAAACAGAUUAGGAAAUUAUUGGCUCAUUGAAUCACUAAAAGAAUCUGAAAUAUUCGGACUCGAUAAGGGAAACAUCAGACAUGAUGAUAUAAUCGGCAAAGAACCAAGAUCUUUGGUAUUCUCGUUCUUUUCCAAGAAUAGAGAGGACAAGAAACCCAAGCCAUUUAUUGCCACCCAUGCUUCUAUGGAAGAGUACAUUCGCUUAUGCAAAAGAAGCGCCCAACCAAUAUAUCAUUAUGACGCUACCAUUAUAGGUGCUUUGGCCAACAUUAUCGCUGACUAUCCAAGCUUGAGGAAGAUUGAGGGCUCAGAAAAAUAUGAAUUGACACAACCACCUUUACAGUUUCUCGAGGCAGGAACCGGCCAUGGGUCAUUAUCACUAGUAAUUUCAAAACUUUUGCAUCCUGCCAAUGCUUAUGCGAAAUUGUACAAUGAUCCACUGCUUCGAGGAGCAAUCUUGCACUCUUUGGACUGUAACGUUAGCCACUUGAAUGCCGGGAAAAAACAUGUCAAACAUUUCAAACGGGGUAUAUAUUUUGAUAAUGUUGAAUUUCACCAUUCUGAGGGCCCAACUCAAUGGUUGCAAAAUCAAUCAGGAUAUUGGAGGGAGCAGUACACGAAAUUUGGAAAUAGUCACAAGUUCUUAAGUGGUUGCUUUUUAGACAUGCCAUCUCCGGAGACACAUGUUGAAGAGAUUGCUAAGAAUUUACAAACUGAUGCUCCGUUGAUUAUUUUCCAACCUUCCAUUACCCAAUUUUUACCUAUCAUUGAUUUAGUUAAGACCCCAGGCUUUCCUUAUAAAUUGUACUUGGAUAAAGUGUUUGAGCUACAGCCUGGAAUUGGUGCUGGAUUGAGAGAGUGGGAUUUGAGGGGAGCCUUCAUCAGAUCAAAGUAUAAUGAACAUGAUGAGCAGGAAAGUCCAAAGGGUAUUGUUUGCAGACCUAAAGUUGGCGGCAGGGUAUUUGCUGGUGGGUUUAUUGGUGUAUUCAAAAGAAUGUCGGAUAAAACUACAAAUAUAAGUGACUAA